AUGUUUCUGUUAGCUUGGGUCUCUCUCCUUUUCCUGCCGUUCAUUGCGGCCACCUCUGUAUCUACCAUCUACUGGCCCGUCUCCUACCCCGACCCCAACAACCCCUGGGUCAUCGGCGAGAAGAAUCCCCUUGCUUGGAAGACUGGAGGCGGCACUGGUGUGCAGUCAUUCGAUAUCCAACUGCACAAUGCCAACAAGACUGUCAUGACUGGCUUCUUGCCGAUCGCUCUGCGGGUACCGAUGAAGAAGGUCAACAAGGUGUACGGUGGAUCAAUCGAAGUGGAGCUUGAUAGCGGAGUGCCCACUGGAGACGACUUCUUCUUGGUCUUCAUGAACACCUACCACGGGCAGGUGUACGGCAAGGCAAGUCGCUCCCUUCAUUCCAAGAAAUUCUCCAUUGUCGACUCCACUCCUUCCAACUACACUGCCUCUGCCCUUCCUACCGGUACUGUCACCGCUACUCUCGACACUGUGCCGAACCCUACCCAGCAGUGGGCUAUCACGCUCGAUGGUAUCGAUGCGGACGCGACCUCGACCGCGUCUGCUACCAACUAUGCUGGUAACGCUGGCAGCGGGACAUAA